CGUACCUCAGGACCACAGGACGCAUAAGUCUUCAAAGUGCAGGUUAAACAUGUCACUUACUUCAAUCCUGUCGGCUGAGGCUAUCGAGAAUGCUGUCAAGGAAUGCCAAGCUCCAGACUCAUUUUGUUUCAAAAAAUUCUUCAAACUUUGUGGUUUGAGUCAGAAAAGUCCUGAAGUGGUGAAGCAAGUUUUCAGCAUCUUAGAUGAAGAUAACAGUGGAAGUAUCGAGGAGGCUGAGCUCAAGUUCUUCCUCCAGCGAUUUUCCCCGGGCGCCCGAACUCUGACAGAUAAUGAAAUUAAGAGCCUCCUUGCAGCUGGAGAUAAGGACGCUGAUGGCACCAUUGGAGUAGAUGAAUUUCAAUCUAUGGUGUUAUCAUGAAAGCCCUCAUGCAGUCACACUUGAUCCCCAGUCUUUGUCUUACAGCCAUAAACACUGAGGCUUCGUUUCACCCUGCUUUUUACACCAAUUUUCUUUUUCAAAUUUUGCCUUAAUAAAUGUAUUUGUCUUUUGAAUACAUGUGUCCUGCAUUGACC